AUGAGAGUUAGUGUCGCCCAGCCCCGGACGUGCGUGGGUCGCGCUGUCGCGGCCCGCCAGGGCGCUACUACUACUCGGGAUCUGUGGCGGUGCCGUGCAGCGGAUGCGGGGCGUGCGACUGACACGGCCACGGGCGUCGCAGUUGCUGAGCAGAGCGAGCAGUUCGCGGAGAACUCGCUCGAAGCGGAGCUCGUCGCCGCCGUGCGCUCCACCGCGGCGGCGCUCUCGGAGUCGGAAGCAGGGAAGAGGGACCUGAAGGCUGCCCGCAGAAACCUGCUGCAGACGAUGAAGCUCGGCAAGGAUCUAGUGAGCUCGUACACCAAGGUUGAGAAUUUCAAGCAGGGCUGGGAAUGGACGCGGGACGGGGGGACGGUGUUGGCACGAGACUUGUCGCGGGUUGCGACCCUGCGGACCAAGUCGCUCCUCGGCAGCGCGGAGGACCCAGCGCUGCAGCAGGCGCUCGCCUUGGCCGAAAAGAAGGCACCGGGUCCCAAACAGCUGGUGUUGUUCAGCUUCCUCGUGCUCAACACCGUGCCGCUGACGUUCCUCAUCGUGCCGCUGCUCCGCGCGUGCUUCCCCGGGAAGGACGACGCCUGGCUCCCGAGCGCCUUCUCCCAGCGCCGGCGCGCAGCGAUGGCGCGGCUGAGGGCAGGGGACAGCGACAGCCGGUAG